AUGUCCGUCUCCUUCCCGUACACGUACUACGCGUGUUCCUGCGCCGACAACACGUCCACCCAAGAAAAGCGUGUCUCACAAGAGCCACAAUCCGCCCAGGACGAAGAUGAACGAACCUUCGACCCGCGCUCGCGGCGAUCCAAUUUCUCGCUGUAUCCGAUUGAGCAUUUGCUAUACUGUACAGAGUGUCAUGAAAUGCGGUGCCCACGAUGCGUGACGGAAGAAGUCAUCUGCUGGUACUGCCCGAACUGUCUCUUCGAGGCCCCGAGCAGCACUAUCAAGCAAGAAGGUCAUAGAUGUUCCCGCAACUGCUUCAACUGCCCCAUUUGCACCUCCCCCCUCUCCGUCAACUCCCUCGAACAACCCGACCCCCCUCCCGACGACAAACCCGCCAACAAGUUCGGCGGCCCCUACAUCCUCCACUGCCCCUACUGCGCCUGGUCCACCCUUGACAUCGGCAUCACCUUCCCCCGGCCCUCCAACAUCACCGGCCAACUCGCCAAGACCCUCAACGGCGGCCUCCCCCGCCCGCCCCGCGACCGCAAACCCUCCUCCUCCCUCAAGCGCUCCGACCCCCCUACCACGCACCACCUCGACGACCUCCCCUCUCCCACCUCUGACACCUCCACGUCCUCUUCGCCCGAACCCCCCUCCGCCCGUACCCCCGACCCCCAAGACCGCUAUCACCACCUCCUCGCCUUCUACAAACACCAACUCAGCACCAGCGACGCCGCCCUCCUCCCCGGCACCACGUCCACAUCCGCCAGCGAACUUGGCCCCGGCUCCCCCAGCUCCAUCGCCCGCCUCCUCCACAUGUACGGCUCCUCCAUCCGCUCGCGCGCGCCCGAAUCCGGCCCCUCCCCGAUGCGUGAAGCCGCCACCCCUGAGGAAGGCCUCCUCAUUUACGACGCCGCCGCCGAAGCUGCCGACGAUGCCACCAUCCGCGCGAUGCAGACCACCGCCUGGGACACCCACGCCAGCGUCUCGCAGCGCCUCGACGCCACGAACCGCCACGCCCGCGCCGUCGACGAUCUGCGCCCCAUCAGCCCCCUGCUACGUACCAAGCGCGCGAAGCGCUGCGGCGCGUGCCGGCAGAUCUUAGCGAAACCGGAAGGGAAGGUGACGAGCGUGCGAUCGAAGAUCAAGCUGCUGGCCCUACAAAACCUACCGAAGCUGUCGAUCAAGCCGCUGGCCUCCCCUUCGACGAUGCCGCCUCCAGGGACGUCCGCAGCCGGCCGCCCGACAUCCACUCUGCUUACCACCUUCUCCUCGCCCACGCUCGCGCUCCCCGCGCUCUCGCCCUCCUCCCCAUUCGCCCUCCGCCCGCUCACCACAACGCACUACCUCCUGACCCUCACCAACCCACUCUACGACUCCAUCCGCGUGCACCUCGCGGCGCCGAGCGCGCUCCGGGGUCGGCACGGCGCGGGGUCGCGGGUGACGAUCCUGUGUCCGCAGUUCGAGGUGGGGGCGAACACGGAUAGGAGGAAAAAGGGGGAGAGGGAGCGGGUGGAGAAGGUGAGGAGAGAGGAGGCGUUUUGGACGGUGUUGGGGGUGGGGAGGAUCGUGGGGUUGUAG